UGAUGGAGUCUUGAUGCGUUGAGUCUGUGAGUGAAGGCGAAAACAUCGCUGGAAUUUCCUUCUCUUGACCGGACAAACUUCCACUGCUUCUCACCCUCAAACUCCUCAGCUUGGCCGGUACCGGAUAGUGUACUCCACGCGGACGAAUAUACAGUGGAAUCGUGUUUUCGCUGCCUCUGUUUGACCUAGGAAAGCCCGUCUACUGGCUAAGCUUAGCUGAGGCUGCUAGCGGAGCUCUAUGGGAAUCUCCAGCUAGUGCGGCUUUUUAACUCGCUAGCGGGCUGAAUGCAGCCGUCGUUCAGCCGCCACUGCUGCAUUAUUCACGCGGUUUAUUGACACCUGGAUACGAGGAGUACUUGAUUAUCAUGCCGAGCUCGAGUUUAUUUUGAAGGAAUUGUGGGAAAUGAACUCUCUUGGAGCUGUCAGUCAUCCCGAUGGAUUUAACAUGUCAUUUCAUCAUGCUGAUCUGCGCUCAUCCACUCUGAUGUUUUGAUGUUAAGGAAUUUACGUGUUUUUUCUUUUGUUUGUACCUCUUGAAACAUCAGUUACUGCACAAAAGCCGAUUUUGGACGGAUACUUUUGAGAACUUUUCCAAGGAAAGGAUUUGUGAGGGGGCGGCGUCGAAACUGGGCAGUAUUUUAUGCAAACUGUCAGCUCUAUAAAGAAGAAGAAGAAGAAGAAGGAAAAAAUAAAAUAUAAAAUAAAAUAAAUAAAAGACAGCAGCCCAUGGCUUCGGUGUGGAAAAGACUGCAGCGUGUUGGGAAACAUGCUUCCAAAUUCCAAUUCGUGGCCUCCUACCAGGAACUCAUGGUGGAAUGCACUAAGAAAUGGCAACCGGACAAACUAGUUGUCGUCUGGACACGCAGGAGUCGAAGGAAAUCUUCCAAGUCUCAUAGCUGGCAGCCUGGCAUCAAGAAUCCCUACAGAGGAGUGGUGGUAUGGCCUGUGCCAGAGAACAUUGAGAUUACGGUUACACUCUUUAAGGAUCCCCACGCUGAAGAGUUUGAAGACAAAGAGUGGAUCUUUGUCAUCGAGAAUGAAUCUCCUUCGGGCCGUAGGAAAGCGCUGGCCACCAGCUGCAUUAAUAUGAAGCAGUAUGCCAGUGCCAUGCCAACACAGACAGACGUCAAGCUCAAGUUCAAGCCACUGUCCAAGAAAGUGGUUUCUGCAACGCUGCAGUUCUCCCUGUCCUGCAUCUUCCUGCGAGAGGGCAAAGCCACUGAUGAAGACAUGCAGAGUCUGGCCAGUCUGAUGAGUAUGAAGCAGGCUGAUAUCGGCAAUCUGGAUGAUUUUGAAGAGGAGAAUGAAGAAGAUGAGGAGAACAGAGUGAAUCAAGAGGAGAAGGCCGCCAAGAUCACAGAGAUUGUGAGACAGCUGAAUGCUCUCAGCUCAAUAGAUGGAGAUCCAGAUGACCGCCUAAAGCAAGCAAAUAAACCUGCCUCUUCUUCUGAAGAGCUGAUCAGUAAGUUAAACUUCCUGGAUCAGGAGGACCAAGACCAGGGCAACAUGAGCUCUAACCCCUUCGAUGAACCUAAUGACCUGGUUGACCUUAACCCUUUCGGUUACCCGGAUGAGGAUGAACCAUCCCCUGAGCCUCAUGUGUGGUCCACUGUCAAAGAUCAGGACCCUAUAUAUGAUCUGGACACCUCCCAUCCCUCGAACCCUUUUGAUGAGCCCGACCCAGACCCGGAUCCUCCGCAAUACGGGAACCCAUUUGACGACCCCGAACCUGAGCCCCAUCCCAAAACAUCACCACCGAGAAGCAGCAAGAAGAAGAAUGUUCGGCCGGUGGACAUGAGCAAAUACCUGUAUGCCGACACCGCCAAGGCUGAAGAGGACGAGCUAGAGGAAUCAAACCCAUUCUAUGAGCCCAAAUCCUCUGGUCCAGCCACAUCCAUCAUAGAAAGCGACUUUUCAGAGAAGAGCACCAAACGACGGGCACCUCUGCCUCCUAGUGCUGGCCCCAACCCUGCCAUGGCCCCUGGAGUCCCAGCACCAAAGACUUCAGCACUUGAGGCAACAGCCACUCCCCCUGCCCUGGCACCGUCAGCUGUCACAGCUGUGAUGGGGAGAGAGCUGGCCUCUUCCUCACCUAAGCCCAGUCCAAUUCCUAGUCCUAUCCUCGGGGGGAGGCAGAAUGCGAGUCAGUCCCUGUUGGCAUGGUGCCGUGAGGUCACAAAAAACUACAGAGGAGUCAAAAUCACCAACUUCACCACUUCCUGGAGGAAUGGACUGGCAUUCUGCGCUCUGUUACACAACUUCAGACCCGACCUCAUUGACUACAAGGCUCUCAAUCCUCAAGAUAUUAAAGAAAACAACAAAAAGGCAUAUGAUGGCUUUGCCAGUCUGGGCAUCUCCCGUCUUCUGGAGCCAUCUGACAUGGUUCUUCUGGCCAUCCCGGAUAAGUUGACAGUGAUGACAUACCUGUAUCAGAUCCGGGCACAUUUCAGUGGUGAGGAACUCAACGUAGUGCAGAUUGAAGCCAACAGCAGCCGUAGUACAUACAAAGUUGGAGACUUUGAGACUGACACGAACAGUUCCAUUGACCAGGAUAAGUUCUACGCUGAGCUUAAUGACAUUCAUUGCGAGUCCUCCAAACAGCUGGAUUUUGCAGCAACCAAUGGCGGGCAUGUUGAGACAGCAGAGCAGGAAGUGAAGUCAGCUGGGUCAAGCGGGGGAUCUAGUUCUCUAUCGGCCUCCUCAGGAGAAGUUCUAAAAGUAACUCCAUCUUUACGGGCAUCUACGGUAAUUGCAGGGGAUCGUGUCUCUCCAGCGUCUCCGUUGGUCAAAGAACCUCACCCACAACCAGCCCAGCGUACCAGAACCAGCCUGGACACUUCUCCCAGCCAACCCCUUGCUACAGAACAGAAAAAACUUCUCAAAGCUGAUACACUGGACAUGGGUGACCUGUCUCACAGGUUGGAGAGAGAAAAGGAGAUAGGGCUGUUGGGUGGUUUCACUACCACUGACACCAGAGACACUAGGGAGCAGUGUGAGCCUCAACGGGCUGGCGAGAAAGAAACAGAGUCUGGUUCGGCCACAUGGCACACUGGGCCUUCGCUAGUAAAUGCACACAAACUGGGAUUCACUUAUAACAGAGACGCUGAUCUAAUCAAGAAGAAGAGAGCGAGUUUGCGCCAUUCUGAAUCUGACAGCAGUGCCCAGACGAACCACACACACACCCCUGCUAAACAUGCACAGGAAGUUGUGCCUGCCCCAACAUCAAACACCAGUGAAGAGAAGAAGGUUCUGUCUCGUCAGGAGGAACUGAAGGAGAGGGCCCGGCUGCUGUUGGAACAAGCCCGUAGAGACGCCGCCAUGAAGACCGGAAACAAGAGCACCACCAAUGCACAGUCACCGACACACACUCCACAGAUAAUCGAUGAGCGUGAUGAAGAACGGCGCAGGCAGCUGAGAGAGAGAGCCAGGCAGCUGAUAGCAGAGGCUCGAUCUGGAGUAAAGAUGGCUGAACUGCCUCUCUAUGCUGACUCCACCUCUAUUGCCUGUAGUGCAGCUGGGAACAACUUAAAAGGAAGGUCAAAGACAGCUGGAGAUGUGGUGGAUGGGAUGAGUGUGGAGGGUGUGGAUGAGGAGGGCAGGAGUGAAAAACAAGCUACGGCAUCUCACGCUGAUAAUGCCACUGACACUAACACUGAUGAGGAGCUGUCGUCUUCAUGUCUAAUGGAGGAUGAUUUUAGUAACUCUGCCAGUGACCUGGCCUCUCUGGGUGUGAUGAACAGCAGGCAUGUGGACCUGAAGCUCAAGAAGCUCACAGAGUUUCGACCACAGGGCGGCAGCUCUCCUUCCUCAUCAUCCUCUUCCUCAUCACUGACAGCGUCCAGUACUUCUCCCCUCAGCCCUGAACCAAGUGGCUCACAGAAUAAUGCAGAUGAGCUGCAUGCGGAGCGUCUUCGCAAGGCUACAGAACGUCUGCGCAGUCCCGUUGUCUUCCACAAGGAGUCUACUGUCAGGAAAACACAGCUUCAAUCGUUCAGCCAAUAUGUAGAGACCAGGCCGGAGGUAAAAAGGCAGAGAUCGGUGCCUGAAGAUCUCAAGCGAGUAACCGAGGAGAGAGGAGCUGUGACAGAGACAGAGGGACGAAAGCCAACUGAAGAUGAACAGAAGGCGUUCAAAGACACCAGUCAGUACGUGGUGGGAGAACUGGUGGCGCUGGAGAGUGAGCAGAGGCAGAUCGACACGCGGGCCUCGCGUGUGGAGAGGCGUCUGCGCUAUCUCAUGGACACAGGGAAUAAUAAGGAAGAGGAGGAAGCCAUGAUGCAGGAAUGGUUCACGCUGGUCAACAAGAAGAACGCUCUGAUCCGCCGACAGAACCAGCUCUCUCUGCUGGAGAAGGAACAUGAUCUGGAGAGACGCUUUGAGCUGCUGAACCGAGAAUUAAGGGCAAUGCUGGCAAUUGAAGACUGGCAGAAGACAGAGGCACAAAAGCGCAGAGAGCAGCUCCUCCUGGAUGAGCUCGUCAUACUGGUCAACAAACGUGACGCACUAGUCAGAGACCUGGACGCCCAGGAGAAAGAAGCUGAAGAGGAAGACGAGCACCUGGAGAGAACCCUGGAACAGAACAAAGGCAAGAUGGCAAAGAAAGAGGAGAAAUGUGUUCUUCAGUGAAUGUAAUUUCCGAAGCAAAUAUAUGCUAAAGGACAAAGAUAACACGUGUACACUAAAAUGUCUUGAAAUGUGUUAGUGUCAUAAACAUCAUAGCAUACAGUUCAUUAUUGUUAUUUUAAAUCUUUAUAUGUAGAAGUUUUUGUUAUGACUAAGGGCUAAGCAAAUGUUGAAGACCCUUAGAUGCCUUCCUGUUUAGGUUAUACAGAGAGAUUGUUUCACAUACACAAAUACAAAAGCAUUAUCAUUAUAAUUACGAUUAUUAGGGUUGGUUGGUUUGAUUUCACAAAAAAGGUACUUAAGGAACUAAUAUUUAAUGAGAUGUACAAUUGUAAAACUUUCUGACUAAAUGGUUAAAUCCAUUAAAAUUGUGAGAGAAAAGUGUCCCCAGAUAACUUAACUUUAAUCAGAACACAGAAUGUGUUUCCCCUUUUUGCAGGAAAGUAUGACUCAAAAGUUUCAGUACAGCACAGUAGAGGUUUUACUGGGGACAUUUUCUGUUUGUGAAGAGGAUUGGAUUUCAGAUCAUAUCACAUUUCAGUUUUAAGAAAAUCGAUCAACAUGUUCUCCUCUAACAAGAGCUGCGUGAUAAUGAAAUGUUUUAAUUACUCAACUUUUUUAUAUGUAGAAUUUUUCCAUAAGGGGACUUUAAAAAAAAAAAUAAUUUUGUGUUUUACUGGAUUUUUAAGUUUAAUAUGUUUACCAAACAUUUUAGAGCUUGGUUAGUUUGAAGGUGAUUUUGCUGAAAUAAACCAUUAUGUUGUACAUUUUUAUUUCACUGUUUGAGGCUUAAAAAACAAACAAAAAAAAACAACAUUUAAGAAGCAGUCACGAUCAGAGUAAUUUAUUACUGUUUGAGACGUUUUUAAAGUACUCAUCUUCACAAUCCUGUACAUUUGCUCAAGGACUUUAUCAAUAUUUAUUGUAUAGCUAGAAGAGAGGAAGAAAUGGGAUUGUCUUGUCGGCAUAUUUUAGUUUCACGUCUUUAUUGUAUGAGCAUCACCGGUUUAUUUAUUCCACUGUACUAUAAAUAUCACUGUUCAAUAAAUUCAGAUGAUUUCAUACUCGAAGCAAA